GUUUUCAAAAAUGAUAGUGAAAACAUUAUCAUACAUUUAUUUUUCUCUACAAAUGUUUGUUACCAGAUUAUAAAUGGACAUCUGAUCUGAGAGUGCCGGUUUACAUAGAUGUGUCCGUCAGCAAACCACCAUUAGCGUAAGACUGACACCACGCGCAAGAAGUUUCGACCAGCACACAAAUCGCUCUAUAUGCUGUACAGGCAGUCACGUCGGUUCGCAAUCUAUUCCCGCAGAGUGUAUUAUUUGCAUAUCUCAGCACUAUGUACAUGUCUCUUUCCACCAGAUGACGAUCAGCCCCAAGGCGAAAUUAAACCCAUAAGUCAUUCCAACGUAAAGAGUGCAGAUGUCGCCUUGUACAAGAUCACACGGCAACCUAAUUGAUUUUGGUAAAAUUCAAUGGCACGAAAAUAACGGCGUUGCAUUUAAGAACAAUGUCAUUACAUCCUAAUGAAAUAAGACCUAACCGUAGAACCACGUCUGCCACUAUCUGUGACUGUUAUUCUUCUUUAUCUGUUUUGUGCAUCGUGUUUGUCACGUUAUCUUGCACGUAGUGCAUUACUUGAACAAACGCGCCUAUACAGAUGUUUGUAUGUACAUAACAUGUGCUCUACACGGCAUACCAUAAUGAGAAUAGACUUUGAUCCUCAGGUAGGUUAUAUAUGAAUUUAUGUUGCACUUUCUGACACAAUAAUCAUACAAAGCGUUGACUUAACGUCAGAAAAGGAUGGCAAUGGUGGCGAAAAUUCCAUCAGCUCCCUGGCUGUCGCCCACUUAUUACCUCAUUCCUGUAGUAUUUGCACGUCGCCACUUCAUUUGCUCACCAUCAGAUUGUUUGCAGUGGACCAUAGAGAUGGCACACGGCCUUUGUUCCCCGGCCAAACAUGUACACAAUACUUAACAGGCGGGGAGGCCUUGAUGGAUGUUGUGGGUGGGGGUUCCGGACUGGAGUCUCUUGCACUUUGUUGACCCCAUUAAAAGUACAUUUCUGCCAGAAGAUGGAGUAUUGACAUGACGGCCAGGUAAGAUGGCGUUCCCGACGAUCCCGCCGCCUGGCCCGGACUACACCACUCCGCUGUACGGGACAGAGGUCGUACCCGUGGUAUAUGACGCCGUGAACGGGACGCCUGUGUGGUCUACUUCCGGAACUUAUAACAUAUCUUGUGGUAACGAGAACGCUACUCUAUUACCGGAAUGCAACGUGACCACGGCACCGCCCUUAGACCCCCUGGGAGGACACCAGGUUUGGGAGGUGGUGCUGAUAUGUCUGCUCACCUGUUCUCUCAGUAUCAUCACCGUCGGAGGAAACAUUCUGGUCUUCGUGUCCUUCCGAGUCAACCGACAACUUCACACCGUCAAUAACUACUUCUUGCUGAGUCUGGCGGUGGCCGACACCCUGAUCGGACUCUUGUCCAUGAACUUGUACACCGUGUAUAUGGUGAUGGGCAGGUGGGCCUUAGGACCGGCGAUCUGUGACCUGUACUUGACCGUGGACUAUGUGAGUUCCAACGCCUCCGUCAUGAACUUGUGCGUGAUCAGUUUUGACCGCUACUUCUCCAUCACCCGUCCGCUGACGUACCGCGCCAAGAGGACCCCCAGGCGGGCCGCCUGUCUGAUCGCCUUGGCCUGGGUGACGUCGGUGCUGGUGUGGGCACCGCUCAUCGUGGGCUGGCAGUACAUCGUGGGCGGGAGGAACGUACCGGAGGGCCAGUGCUACAUCCAGUUUAUAGAGGACAGUGUUUACGUGAACUAUUUAACCAUAGCAGUGGCCUUUUACAUCCCGGUCAUUAUCAUGUGUACUCUGUACUACAGGAUCUACAGGGAGACGCAGGAGAGACAGAAAAACCUACUAGAACUACAAGGAAACACAAGUACCAGAACAUCGACACGAUUCCGAAACACAUCAACUAUGUCAACUACAUCAUUCCUAACAAACUCUACAAUCAAAUCUACAUUGUCCACAUCUACUAUCAAGUCUACUACAAGUGUCGGCUCUAGUAUGUCCAGAGAGCCUAUUGCACUUAGCAGUAUAGAGGAAGGAUCAACCACCAGCAGUACACCCAGAAGUAAGCGUUUCUCCUCACUUUGUAAAUGUUGUGUCGGAAAGUCUAGCGAAGAUAACGACUCAGCUAGAGAUCUCAGUAACUUCAGCACACCGACUGACCACGCCAAGGUUCUGAUGAGUGCUGGUUCUAGUUCGUUUGUAGACAAGAAGGCAGGACCGGCCCUGGAGAUGAGACAUGUGUCUCUGUCCGUCCCCAAUGGGAAAGCACAUCGCAUGACACCGCCCAAGACCGAGCACCCUGCCUCCAGGUACCGCAUCGUUAUCAAGCUGCCCGACGAAUCGUCCACGGACCCUGAGGACCAGAAGACGACAAUAACAAUGACUCCGGAUUCAGAUGAUUCGGACGACAAUCUAGAGCUGAAGGAGAUGACGCCAUCCCCACGCCCGAGCCCUGAGCCGCCAGUCAGGCCUCGGCCAUCUGCAGCAUCACUUUCAGCGUCACGGCCAAAGCUAAACGCGGCACAGUUGUGGAAAAAAGCUGCCGAAAACACUACACGGACUAAAUUAAAAAGCGACCGUGCUAGAAAAAUCUCAAUGGUUCUGAAGGAAAAGAAGGCAGCAAAGAUGCUGAGUGCUAUCCUCUUGGCGUUUAUAAUUACGUGGUUGCCAUACAGUGUAACGGUACUGUUCAAGCCCUUCUAUAAGGUUCCACCGACCGUCUGGGAUGUGGGGUACUGGUUGUGUUACGUGAACAGCACCAUCAACCCGUGGUGCUACGCGCUUUGUAACAGAACGUUCAGAAAAACGUUUAAGGACAUCCUGGUGUGCCGGGUAAAGAAGCAGACCUUCAGACAACUGCAAAGCAAAAGACUGUACUAAACGCACGUGGGUAAGACAGUUCUGAUUUUAACGACACUCACAUAACAGGAACAAUGUCAAUAUUUAACUUCACUGUUGUGGAUGACGUAAACAUACAACGGGCAGGUGACAUUUCACAAAAAUGAUGAAGGAUUGAAUCAGCUGUAAGAUGAACAUGUGGACUGCACGUUUGAGGUAUUAUUAUCCAGUGUGUUUUCAGACUGUCUGUGUAACUGUGUCACGGUGUAUCCCAUCUGUCUGCGCCAUACUGGCGUCCAUCAACAAACAUUUAGUCAGUAGUGUUUGUAUUUACAAUGUUGUGGGACAGAAUCUCAGCGUCUUGUCGUACGAAAGCUGUCUAAAUAACGAUCAGGUGUCCGAAAGUAAUUUUAUCAGGUUGGUAGAAUAUAGGAUACUGAAGAUUUCAUUUACACGGCCAGUAAAUACUCAAUAAAUUUAAACGUAAGCAAGUGAGUAUUUACUUGUUUAAAAGAAAUAUUCAAUACCUUGUUAAAUAUUCAUGUAAACUAAUGAAACGUUUACAGUCUCUACAUAUUCAGUCGCUCUGUGGGUCUGUGGGCGACCCGGUAAAUAGGUAUCUGACAGGUGGCCGCCAUGUUGGGAAGAACAAAUAGUGUCCAGAAGUGUCAAGUCACCGCAACAAUACGUCACUGAUAAAUGCGGAGAGAAUAUCUGGCAUUCUACACAGUAGUGUCAUAUAGCAACCACUCACCUGGCGGUUGUCUGUCAGAUCUUUCAACAACACUAUAGCACCAUAAAGUCAAAUCACAGAUGACCUUUCUGAUAGGUUUCACUAUGAGCCGUUAUUCAGAGUGGAGCCUCGUGUUUGCACCCAUAAUAGGCUAGAGUUGAUCUAGUAUUCUGAUUGAAGUGGAGACACUUUAUAAUAUCAAUAGUAUGGUCAUGUUCGUGUGUACCAGGCAGAUAUAACAGGACUGUUAAAACCGUGACAUGCCGUUUCUGUCAGAACAGCACAAACAGAGUACACUUUACAACUCGUCUGGUUUACCUGCUGUUUCCAUUACGCUAGUGGCAAACGUAAAGCAGGUUAGAAGGGUUGAAAUAAUCAGUGUAGCAUUUGUAAGUAGUAACGACUAAGGAUACUACUCUCCUUGCAACCAACGAACGUCGUUCUGUACAUAUUCUAUGUAAUCAGGACUGUCUCUGGCAGGACCCAUCCCUCCGUCCCAGGACAGAGUGAUAUUUUGUAGGGACGGAGACACAUGUCACCCGUCCGCCCCAAAAGUCUGACCUUCAUGACAUGAAAUCAAUGAAACAUAAGAAGCUCAUUUGACAACAGAAAACAACAACAUGGGCUCCCAAACAAUGAAAAUUAUGGAAAAACCUGGAGACAGCCCUGACAUAGACACAAGAGACCAGUUAUCAACCUCUUGCCCUUUGUGAACAAACGUGACUAUCAUAUUUGUAGUUGAGAUAGCGUGAUUAUUUGGACAGGAACGAGUUUUUAAACUGCCCACUCUAGAACAUUAACGUAUUUGUAUGUAAUAUAUUUGUAAGGUACACGGAGAUAAGAGACUAGAUAACCAUCAAAGCCUUAAACACAAAUUUGAGAGUGUGUUCUACAAGGAAGUUAGCUGUUACAUUUUAGAAAAGACGGAAGCCUGGUAGACAGAUUUCCUAUACAUACAUUCAGUCUACUCUCAACAGAUUUAACUAAUACGGAGGAACUGCUAAUACAGCUAAUACUAAUAGGCUCGUUGUUCACAAGACUCGCAGGUGCGUUAUUUGGAGCUGUUCUGUGGAGCAUAGUGAUGGCGAUAUGCUGUUAUCUGCAGUGACGACGGGGACCACCCAAAACUGGUCGUGACCUUUUAACCUUUGUCACCAAUGGUGCAUGUAGAGAGCACGCUUUGGGCGUUCUCUCAAGGUGAACAAACAUGUUUGCUCAAUGUCACACAUGCUUUUAGGACGUCACUGGUGCCGUCUCAUGUACAGACAGGUUUUGUUGUACCGUGGUUUGUAUAUAAAUGAGUAUAGUAGCUCGGCACAGAUCCUCUCAUAUGGUGCGGUAUUGCACACAAAGGCAGGGUAGGUAAGAGCACAAAGUCCACGUCAUUUGUCAUUGUGUGGCUGGGGCAGCUUUAAUACAACAGACUAAUCAUAAGCAAAUAAAUUAAACUUCCUUAACACUAGAUUUUCUCUUCAGGGCAGACUCGUAUAUGUAAUAACAAGGCUGCUACUACUGCAAUACUGUGUCCAUUUUUCCUCCUCGUCUAUAUCUUGUACCAAUUAGCAUUAAACGUUUGGUUAACCCUCAUUUUAAGAUUUGAUGUAGAUGAAUACUUUUCAGUUGUUUCUGUUUACAGCUAUACCUACCCCCAGUAUCUCACGGAUCUCAAUCAAAAUCCUGCCGUUACUUCACGGAAAGAAAAUGAGCAUUCCAGGUUUGAGGUUCUAAUUCUAUUUUCACAUAUUCAUAGAUUUGUUGACAACAACUAAUGGUGGUAUUAGGUGGCCACCAUCACGUGUAACGGGGGAUACCAAUGACAAAUUUAAAAAAA